UUCGGUGAAGGUAGAAUCUAGACAUCCCAAAACACAGUGUGUGAUGCCCCAUGUAGAUAUGGAAGAAGACUUUUCAGAGUCAUCAGAUUCUGAGGAAUCUGUUAUUACUGACCUAGAGCUCCAGGAAGCAUUUUCUAAAGGUUCACUAAGGCCAGGCCUGAAUGUUGUGCUAGAGGGACAGCCGAAACCUUUCAACAAUGUGGAUGGAUUGAAGCAGUGCUUAUCUGAAUUUCAGAGGAACCUGACCUGGGUUGAAAGGCUUGAUGUUACCUCUUGCCUAGCAACAAAUGUCACAAGCGCAGCUUCUAGUCAAACACUUGACAAAGAUGCUAUGGACCCUGAAGAUGACUUCAAAAGAGAAAUGAGCUUUUACCGUCAGGCCCAAGCGUCUGUUCUAGAAGCUUUACCUCGGCUACAUCAGUUCAAAAUCCUUACUAGGCGGCCUGAUGACUAUUUUGCAGAGAUGGCAAAAUCUGAUCAGCAGAUGCAGAAGAUUCGGCAAAAACUGAAGAGCAAACAAGAAGCAAUGGAAAAAUCUGAAAGGGCCAAACAGCUCCGUGCUCUGAGAAAAUAUGGCAAAAAGGUACAAACUGAAGUGCUGCAGAAAAGGCAAAAGGAGAAGUCCACCAUGUUGAAUGCUGUCAAGAAAUACCAAAAAGGUCUCUCGGACAAGUUGGAUUUCCUGGAGGGUGAGAAAACACCAGCUCCUCAGGGAAAGAAGAAAAAGGAAGGGGCUGGAGGCCAACAAGUAAAGAAAGGACCAAAUGCAAAACGACGACACAAGAAUCAGAAGUUUGGUUUUGGUGGUAAGAAGAAAGGCUCAAAGUGGAACACCCAGGAUAGUCACAAUGAUGUGUCGAGCUUCCGUGCCAGCAAAGCCCACUACAAAGGCUCUGGAAAAGCAGGAAAAAAGGGUGCCAAUAAGAGACCUGGCAAAAAGAUGAGGCAGAAAAUGAAGAAUCGAGGCAGAAAAUGAAGAAUCGUUCCUGAUAACAAAUGAAAUGGAUGGACUUUUUUCUUCUUUGUGAGAUCUGACUUCUGCCAAAUGAUCAGAAUAGAGACAAAGGACUGAUGUUGGCCCUGAACUGCUUUGUCAUUCAAUUUGCCUUGGAGGCAGCAGGUGGUUCUGCCUGACCUCGGAGCACCAGUAUUUACACACAAACAGCAACCCAGAUACUUCCUGUUGCCUCUCUUUCAUACAGUUUUGGUUUUUCUUGAGCCUCCUUAUGAGAGAUACUGAAUUAAAUAAUGUUGAGAACUUGA